AUGAUCGGGGAGGUGACGGCCGAAGGAUGUCUCGAUGGAAGUGGCGGCUUUCAUUGUGACCAGGACAAGAGCUCAUCAGAAAGGGAGCGCCCGCUCUCUCCGUCAGUUCUGGCUCCUGGCCCUGGCCCUGAGCCUCACACCCCUCCGAAACCUGUAGACCCUUGCCAGGCUGUAUCCAGCAGCAGGGGCACCCUGUGGGACCAGGUGAGUUUCUUCCAGAAGGUCCCUUCCAUGGAGGAUCUGCUUGAUCACAUCGAGGACAUCCCGACGAGUCCUGCGCACUCGCACCAUGGCGGCCGCGCAGUAGCGGACCUGUGCGAGGACUACGUGGUCUGGGACGGGCCACCGGGCCCGGUGCCCUUCGUCACCUACAACAGCCGAGAGGGACUGCAAGUCUCGCCGGAGGUAGCGGACAGGCUGACGAGCCAGGAGGCUCCACUGCACGUGUUGACGUUCUUCGGGGAGCCCAAGACAGGCAAGAGCUCCUUCAUCAGGCACGCGAUCUUGAGGGGGAAAGGGCUGAAGGUGGAGGACUCUGGCCUGUCCGAGGUCUUCCACAGCAGGAAUGACGUUGUGAUCUGGUUGUGGAAUGGGAUAAUACGAUGCAAAAGGGACGAUGGCAGCGAGUAUGACACGAUUGUCUUGGAGAGCAAGAAUGUCGAAGGAGUCGAUGAAUCCGUCGUCUUCGCCCUCUGUGUUCUGCUCAGCAGCCAUGUUGUGUACAAUGGCAUGGACAUGCUCGAGCCAAACAACAUUCAGAACCUCAAAGUGAUCAAGAACCUCUUGAAGACCAUCAAGGCUACCCGGGACCAGGAAGAGGAGGACGGCUUGACUUUCCGCGAGCACUUCCCUCACCUGUCUUGGCUGCUGCGCGACAUAGACGAGCCCUUACUCGAUGAGAGGCGUAACCAGAUAUCCUCCCGCACAUACCUAGAGCGAUGCCUCCGCCUGAGAGGGUUCAGCGAGGAGGCGGAGGCAAAGAACCUUAUCCGGAAGAUGAUAGCCUCCUUCUUCCCUUCCCAGGACUGCUACACGCUCCCCAGCCCAGCAGAGAUCUCGGGCCUGUCACCCCACGAACGCUAUCUGAAGAAGGUCCUUUCGAUCCGCAGGAAUCUGAUCAAAGUGUCGCCUCCUAAACAGAUCAUGAAAACCCAUUUAGACGGCCUGAUGUUCUACCAGCUUGCUCAGGCAAUCAUGGACGACGUCAAUGCUGGCCAGCCUCAGAACAUCCCGCGUGCCUGGGACUCAGUCUGCUCAACCUACUGCAAAGUCGCCUUACAGAAAGCCCUGGGGCAGUAUGCUCUGAGUAUGACGAGGAUGUACUCACAGCUGCCCACAUCGGACACGGACCUGCACCACUGGCACACGGAGCAGAGGAGCAGAGUCCACCACCUGUUCUCGGAGAUGGUUGUUGGGGACCAGCAGCAAGUGGAGGAGUAUCGAGAGCGCCUCGACAAGGAGCUGGCGAAGCUGCAUGAGAGGAUGGUGAUGGACAACGAGAGGGCAUCGAGGAUCGUCGCCAGGGAGCUGCUGGAGAGUCUCUAUGCGGACUGCGACAAGAAGGUGCGAUCGGGAGAGGUGAAGUCUCUAGAGGCCUACGAGACUGAGCGAGAGAAAGUCCGCAAGGAGUUCGAGCGACUGACUACCGGGCUCUCCCAGUACACCUGCCGUCUAGUCAUGCUUGAGUUUCUGGAACAGCGACUGUUGAGGUUCACGCAGAUGUUGAUCAGGAACGUGAGUCUGAGCAAGGCGGACGAGAGCAAAGAUCUGAACGCUCUCAGUGCACUGCACGGUGACUCGGGAAGUUCCUCUUUCCUCAGUGAGGACGGUCAGUGGGUGAAGAAGGAGGUGCUGGACAUGGUGAAGGCGCGGGCGAAGCACGACUUGAUGAAGCUGGAGAACGAGCUCCUCUCUGUCAUCUUUACCAUGGAGGAUGCGGCGCAUCGCUCCCAGAGCGGCGGGACAGAUUACAACCUGGACAUCCUUGCUGACCUCGAGACCUCGUCGCUGCUUGCUGACGAGGCCUCUGGGGAAGGAGACUCGCUGCUGGCGGAAAUGGGGAUCCAUCUUCCUGUGGAGGUCAAAAGGCAUCAGGAGCGAGUGACCUUGCAAGCUAUGCAACCCCAACCAGAGCAGUCCUCUGUUGCCAGUGAGAAGCAUGCCGUCAAUGGGAGGGGCGAGGAAGAGGCAUGCGGCGACGGGACGUCGAACCGUUCCAUACACAGCAGCUCAGGGGCGAUGAGAUGGAGAGCGCGGAAGGGAAUGCGAAACAAGUGA